CUGUCAUAUGACUUCCAUUUCCUGGUACAGUCGGCUGAGCUCCAUAUACCAAACACCGCUGACUGAGCUAUACUAUCGGGUUAUUUAUCUCCUCUCCUGUGGCUGACGCUCCAAAAAUAUUGAGCGAUCAUGUAUCGAUAUGCGUCAUCUGUUCUAUUCCUCGCCUCUGUAUUCGCAUUCCAGCUGUCACACGGCACUGAGGUGACUGUCAAAGACAAAGACAACAAUUUAUGCCUCUAUGGCAAUCUAAUGGUCAACUUCUCAGUCUCCUAUGAUGUAGCUGACAAGAAGAGUGAAACAGCGAUGUUUGAACUUCCUGGUAAUGUCACAACAGAUGGAAGUGCAUGUGAUAACACAAGCUCAACGUUGAAGCUCAAUUUUGGCGAAGGACACUCCUGGAGUGUGAACUUUACCAUCAAAGGAAAAACGUACCAGGCUGACACCAUCACCUUUUCCUACAACCUCAGUGACACAGUCGUCUUCCCCAAAUCUGUAGUUAAUGACACCUUAACUGUCAAUGUGAAGCCUCAGAUCGCCGCUGUCAGCAUGGACACCUGCUACUCAUGCAAGAGUAAAGACACGAUUGAGGCUGAGUCAGUCAAUCAGACGCUGUGGAACGUGCUCAUACAGGCUUUUGUCAUUAACAACACCAGAAGUGAAAACAUUACUUCUUGUGCUGCUGACGUACCCUCAACCCCUGUUGCUCCCACCACUCAUCCCACCACGACUACCCCUGCGGCUCCUGUCACAAACUCUUCCACUGCCCCUCCGCCUACCACCACCCCGACCCCGACCCCCACCCUCCCCACGCCCACCACUGGAGAGUACAGCAUCAAGCCUGAUGAAAACAGCACAGUCUGCCUGAUGGCCAACUUUGGGCUGCGGAUCAGUGUCAACAGCGUAGAGAUGAACUUUGAGCCCAAUGGGACAACAAGCUCUGGCUCAUGCGGAGUCAACAGCAGUCAGCUGGUGUUGACGUCCAACGCAAUGACGAUCACGCUCACUUUCGCUCAUGACACAAAGAAAUUCCACCUCCAUGCUCUCAACAUCACCGGAAAGACGAGCUCUGGUGUGGCGUUUUCUGAAGUGAACACCAACCUGAGUCUGUGGGAGGCGGCUGUCGGCAGCUCCUACAUGUGCAACAAGGAGCAGAACGACACCAUCACCCGCCUGCUCACCCUCUACACCUUCGAUCUUCACGUUCAGCCUUUCGGAGUCAAUAAGGGUGUUUUCAGUACAGCCCAUGAAUGUUCACUGGAUGACACCAGCAUCUUAAUCCCAAUCGUUGUUGGCGCUGCACUGGCUGGCUUGAUUCUCAUUGUAGUGAUUGCUUACGUGAUUGGUCGAAGAAAGACUUAUGUUGGAUAUCAGACCCUUUAAAUCCAGUUUGCAAUCAAUAUCGGGGGGGGGUUCCCAAGCCUGGUCCUUGGGUUUCAUGUGCAAUUAUUUAAUUGGCAAAUAACUUGACAAACAUCAUCAAGAGCCAAAAUCUAAACUAAAGUCUCAAAAAAAACAAACAUGAGAUGCAUUAUUGAAGUUACUGGUCAUUAUGAGACAUGAAAUGCACAAGGAGCAUUUUUUGAAUUGCAGUUGCCUCAAAGGUUUUUAAUGAUACUAUAAUAAGGAGUAAAGAUGGAGGGUUGGUGUUUUUGUCAAGGACCAAACUUGUCUACCCCCAAUGUUUGUUUCUUUUUUUGUUGUUUUCUGGAUGUCUUGUCUUCCUUUUUUCAUUGUUUUUUUUUUUUUUGUUAAUGAGCAAGCAAGUGCAACAUCCACACAACCUUUUUUUUUUUUUAAUUUCUGUGAUCAUAAUCACAUGAAAGGUGACUCAAUAUACAAUAUAUAGAGGUUCUUUACAUGUAAGGUACACUCUUACAUGUAUAAAUGCCUCUGGACAUUAGUUUUUAGCAGGAGAUGUGUAGCAAUUUAAAUCGGUUGCUGAAGGAUCCUGCACUUGCUCUGCCGACAUUCCCUUUUUGUUUCCACUUGUUUCAUCUUUGUGCACAUUUUCGUUUUUCAUUUCAUUAUGGUUUGACUGUUCAUCCACAUAAUUAUUUACCUUAUAAAAGAAAAAUAAUUUUCAGGAGCCUUUCAGCUUUCUUUCGUUCUUCCCAGAAAGUCAUUGACAAGGAUGAAGGUCUAUUCCACUCGGAAAGUAGUCGAGGGAAAUGUGCUUUAGCCGAUGUGUGCCCCUGUAGAGCAGGAGAAACAUUGGAACCAUUGGCCUGAUUAUGAGGCUCAAAUCCUAUUAAGAAUGUGGCAUCAAAGUGUUGUUUAAACAUAAAUAGACCUUUACUGAUGGAGGACAUUUCGGUGUCCAGCAGUAAGUCCAGGUGGAACUAAUGACGCUAACGAUGUCUCGUUUACAUUUAGGUGUAACUGUUCUGGAACGGACAAAUCCUCGUUAGCGUCAUCAAUCACACCUGUGCCUUCUCCUGCUGUACGAUGUCAAAAUGUCUGCUAUUUUUAAAGGUCUUUUACUUUUGCACACGCAGAGAAUAAACCAGACAAGAAACAUCAACUGUUCUUUUUCUCACACAACCGAUUUUGGCAUUAGGUUUAGAAAAGGGAGAGUUCUGUUGUGUAGAUAUUCUCUUUUCUGAGGACAUUUACAUGUGAAUGCACUAAGACGCUCUUUAAAUGUCUGCAUUAUGUUGAGACUGUUGUCACAUUAUCUCACCUGUGUGUCGGUGUGGGCUUGGCCUGCAGCUGGACCAGGGGACGUUAAAGCCCCUGAAAAUAUUGUAUAAACACAAAUGAACAAGAAAAUAUAGAAUAAUGUCCUUCAGUAUUUAUAGUUUGACAUUUUGUAAACAGUUAUUUGCUUUCUUGCUGAGAGUUUGAUCUGAAUAUUGUGUUGGAUAUGAAGCUUCAGCCAGGAGACAGUUGAGGAAACACUCUGUCCAAACGAAACAUGGCGUCGGGCGCCUUCCAGCACCUCUGACACUCACUUAGCAUGUGCUAUCAUGUUGGUUUGAUCUUCUCAUCUAACUCUCAGAAAGAAAGCACAAAAAGCACUCCUUUUUAAAAUGCUCCUCUUCUGGGUGUGUUUGUUCAACAGUGCUGGCAAAGAACAAACGAUCCCAAAACCCGUCGUCAUAUUUUGAUUCCAAAAUUGCUUAAAAAAAAAAAAAACAAUCUAUCCUGUGAAACAGACAACAUUGUUUUCAUGUAGCAAGAAGCUGAAUGCAGGUUUUCACGGGAGCUUUUAGGUCAGGGAAAUAGUGCAGCUUGUAUCAGGGAUGGAGUCAAGCCCCAGAAUGUGUAUUUCUGUCAACCAAUGUUACACAUGGUAGUUGCUGUGUAUUGUUGCUUAAUUAGUGUUGUGUACUGUUAUCCUUGUUCCAACUAUUCAAGACUGGAGCAAAGCAGGCAGCAAACUGCACUGAAUAUGAGUAGAGAGAGUUGCAUUUUGAAAUAAGUUGCUUAAAGAAUUGGCUUUCGCAGUUACAUUUCACAUGUGUUGAUAAAUAGCUCCAAAUCAAAUAUGGGCUUUGAUUUUUGCUUAUAAUUGUUGCCGUCUUGUUUAUUUCAGCUUUGUACAAACUCGGUUGCCUUCAUUAUAAAGAUGGGUUUUUGCAGCACUGGUGUAGACGUUUGUGUUUCUCAACCUUAAUCUCCUUUGUUCUCAAUAAAUCAUCUUAACAGGUUUA